AUGAAAAUAUGAUCAAUUUCAUCAAAGGUGGCUUGAAAAUCAGAACAAGUUAUCAAAUAUAUAAGGAAUGCCUUCAGGUUCUGCAGAUGACCCAAAGCAGCAAAAUCAGGAAUGAAAUAUUCCACCAGUUUGAAGGGGGUGUACAACUAGGAAUAGGAGCUUUCAAUCUGAUGCUGUCCCUUUUACCAGGAAGAAUUCUCCGACUUCUUGAAUUUAUUGGGUUUUCAGGCAAUAGGGAAAUUGGUCUUCAUCAGUUACGGGAAGGAGCUUCUGGAUCCAGUUUACGAGCAAUACUGUGUACUUUUACCUUGUUGCUAUAUCACACCUUUGUUUCAUUAAUCCUUGGAACAGGGGAAGCCAAUCUCCUUGAAGCAGAGGCUCUCCUUCAACCUUAUCUUCAGAAGUUCCCAAAGGGUGCCCUCAUUCUGUUUUACGAUGCCAGAAUCAACAUAUUGAAAGGAAAUUUUGAAAAGGCUGAGGUAACAUUCCAGGACUGCAUUGCAGCACAACAAGAAUGGAAACAAAUCCAUCAUCUCUGCUACUGGGAACUGAUGUGGUGUUACUCCUUCCAGCAGAACUGGCUUCAAGCAUAUCGGUAUGCAGAUCUGCUUUGCAAAGAAAGCAGGUGGUCAAAGGCAAUAUAUGUGUUCCAGAAAGCUGCUAUUUUGUGUAUGCUUCCUGAUGCUGAUGUGAAAACAACAGGAGAAGAUAUUGUAGCUUUGUUUCGGCAAGUAGAAGGCCUAAAACAAAGAAUUGCAGGAAAAUCUAUCCCAACUGAAAAGUUUGCUGUGAGAAAAGCACGACGCUAUGGGACCUCUCCUCCUGUGAAACUAAUAGUGCCUGCUCUGGAAAUGAUGUAUGUCUGGAGUGGGUUUUCAGUUCUUGGAAAGAGAGCUGACUUCACUGAAAAUAUGUUAAUAACUAUUGAAAAAGAAGAAACUCUUUUAAAAAAUGAAACCCAUCACAAUGAAUAUUACAUGGAUGAUGUAUGUUUGCUACAACUACUAAAAGGACUGUGUUUGAAGCAUUUAGGAAGACUCUUGCAAGCAGAACUCUGUUUCAGCCAAGUUAUUCAAAGUGAGAAACAAUUAAAGUAUGAUACUUACUUAGCUCCAUAUUCAACAUACGAGUUGGGUCUUCUAUAUAAACAACAGAAUGAAAGAGAAAAGGCUGUAAGAUUUAUAGAAACUGCAAAAAAUAAUUACAAGGAAUAUUCCAUGGAAUCCAGAUUACAUUUCAGAAUCCAUGCAGCACUUAGCAGUAUGAAAGUGACUCCUGCUCCAACACCAUGAUGCCUUCUGAAGUUGAUGUCUAACAUGUCUGUACAAGUUAAUGUUUGAAAGCCUACAAAAAUCAUGUAAAUGAUGUAACAAAAAAUGUAGUUUAUAUUUUCUAUCAUUUGUGAUAAUUGAAUGUCUGCCUAAUCAUUGUGAAUGUUUUUUUUUCUAUUUCUUCACUUCCAUAUUUCUGCUUAACCUUUUAGAGGAAACCUAUUUUAUUUAUAGAAAGAUCAAUGCUUGAAACAGUAGGGAAUAUUAAAAAUUGCUGGUACAAUAAAGAGUAAUUCAAACAAUUUAUUUUUUUAUGGAAAUAAUAAUAUUGUUUAUGCAUGAAACUCUACGGUACAUUUGAUAAUAGUUUCAGCAUUGCAUAAAGGCUUGUAUUUCUGCAGUACGUUUAUUAUGUAAUAGGAUUUAAAAAAUUGGCUGCUGGUAGCCCUAGAUGCUGUAUCUGGAUUUGAAGCUUAGUUUUACAUACCAAAGACCAAAUUACCAUACUGUAGUCAAAAUAAUGCUUCAAGUCAUUUCAUGAAUGUUAGCUUGCAUUCAAUGCAAUAUCCUGACCCAAUCUCUAAAGACAGUUAGGAAAGGGUUAGACUCUUGGAUAACCUAAGAGUAUUUUUAAAGUAUAGGAAGAAAAUAUUUCUCAGUGAAAAGGUUUAGUAAAGCAAAAACCAAAUAAUAGAAAUGUUUCAGUUUUUUGUUCCAUUAUAUCUGUUUAAUUCAGCAACCUUACAGGGAAUUCAUUAUAAAAAUAUGCCGCUAAUGUUCUGAAGAUUCUUAUGCCCCCCCCCCCAUUAAUAACACUGGAGGUCAGCAGGUUUGAUUCUAUUUUCUUCCAUAUAUGGUAGCAAAAUUCUCAAAUUCCAAUUUCAUAUUAUUUAUGGAAUUGGUAUCCAUAAUGUUUAGCAUAUUAUCUUGAUCAGAUUUUAAAAAACAUUUUGCAGUAACUAGUAAUUAAAUAUUUUAUUGUUCAUCUUAAUCUCUUAUUAAUAUAUAUGUGUUAUGUUGAGAUAUUUUGUAUCACAAAGCCUGCAAGCAAAUGACCAUGUUUGAGGCUUAUAAAUGUUAUCUGUCCCAGUUUAGUGUUUUCCCAUAAGAAUAAAAAUGUGACUAAUCAAGAAUGUCUAUUUAAUGACCAUAACUGUCUAUGAAAGAUAUUUAUUGAUUUCAUACAUUCUAUAGCUGUUUGAAAUUAGUUUUUGUCCUUGUCUUUCUCUUUCUGUAUUUAAAUUAUUUUAUCAGCUGCUAAAUGAAUUGGAAAGCUGGGCUUUUAGAGUUGUUUUUUUAAUUGUCAAAAUGAUGGACGCAUGCACAAAGUCCAUGUUCAUAAGCAGGCAGCAUAGGAACACAAGGAUAUUUUUUUCCUAGAUUUUUUAG